ACUAGUAUUACCGCUUAAGGCCAGGAAGCCUCCUGAAACUCUUCAGCACCCAGUUCUCAUAGCUUCCUCUGCCUCUACUCCAGCGUUUCCACUUCAGUUAUUUGCUUCCUCUCUGGAACUUCCCGUUGCCUUCCUGGGGCUUCAACAGUUACUAGUUGGAAGCUGCUACCAGUGUGCCAGUUCUAACCUUGUCUUCCUUGUGCCGAUAGCUCAGUCUGGCCUGCUAAUACUAACAGUCAAAGGCAGGAGGGAGAAGGCCACUCGCAAAGCCUUUCAAAUGAGCCUAAUGUUAUAGCAUGUAACGUGGGAGCAGCACAAUGAGGGUGUGUCCAGGUGACUUCAGAAGUGAGCUGCCAGGUGGACACGAGGCCAGGAUGUUUGCAGCAAUCACGACACAUCCCUUCAUGCAUCACAGACCUGCCGAGGAGCCACCAUGAUGAGUGCCCCUCUGCCUAAUGCUCAUUGAGGCUUCCGCUCAGCCCGCUGCUUUCUGAGACCUGUGCAGACUGGUGGGGUGCUCCUGAUGGCUGUCUUCAGCUGUGCUUCUGUAGUAUCCUCAGAGAAACAGGGAGGGAGGGAGGGAGGGAGGGAGGGAGGAAGGAAGGAAGGAAGGAAGGAAGGGAUGGAUGGAUGGAUUGAUCAGAAUCUGGCUAUUAAGAGUAAAGGGCUGACAGUUCCACCCCAGGCUGCUAGGUUUAAGAGAAGGACCUGUGAAAAUGUUGGCCUACAUGGUCUUAGAGAAGCCUCAACACAAACUAACAAUUCCUGUAACAGUACUUCAUAUUAUAUAACAGCGUAUGUGUACCAGCAUUUGACUCCUGCCCAGUACCCCAGGAUAAUAUAUAGUAACUUUACUUGUAUUAAUACACAGCACUGAACAAGUAUUACCUUUAUUAUGUUCCAGACAUGUACUAAGAGCUUAAUGAAAAUGGACACACUUCCUGCCUUCCUAGAGCAAAUAGAAUAACAGGGAGGAUACAUGGAAAUUGUUGCACAGCUGUCCUAUCCGUAUGAGAUCUCCAGUUUACCCUGAGUUACACGAGACGAUGAAAUACAUUGCCAAGAAGUGUGGAGUUAGGUUCCAGCCUCCGGCCAUGAUCUUGAUUUAUGAGAGUGAAGCUGAAGGAAAGAGCCGCCAGCGCAUCAUGCCUGUCCGAAACUUUUCGAAGUUCUCAGAUUGCACCAGAGCUGCUGAACAAUUAAAGAAUAACCCGCGGCACAAGAGUUACCUGGAACAGGUGUCCCUGAAGCAGCUGGAGAAGCUGUUUGUUUUUUUACGAGGUUCCCUGCAGGGGCAGAGCCUGGCAGAAACAAUGGAACAGAUCCAGCGGGAAACAACCAUUGAUCCCGAGGAAGACCUGAACAAACUGGACGACAAGGAGCUCGCCAAAAGGAAGAGCAUCAUGGAUGAACUUUUCGAGAAAAAUCAGAAGAGAAAGGAUGACCCCAGUUUUGUGUAUGACGUGGAGGUUGAGUUCCCUCAGGAUGAGCAGCUGCUGUCCUGCAGCUGGGACACAGCAUCCGUCGAUGAGUUCUGAGACUACGCCACGUUUCCACAAAGAAGGAAGAGCGGUUCUAGAAAACGCUGAGACACGAAUGAUCCAUAAAACCAAGACACUUACAUGUCCUACACAGCCCUAUGAGAAACACAGAAACACAGGAUAGGAAUCUGCAAUCUAAAGAGAAAGUAACUCGAGAACGUGUAAAAAGGUAUUUUAUUAUAUUACUCAGGAAAAAGCUAAGAGCCAGGUAUUUGAUGAAGGCUGUAGAAAGGUCAAUACCUGCUUGACCCUGAAAUGCUACAGAUGUAUUUUAUAGAAAUCGAGAUGAAGCAAAGGGGGAAGGGGGAAGUAAAGAGACAAGAAAUAGGAAAAUCUGGGGAAGGGUGAGUAAUUAUAGUUUGACAAGACUAGAAUUAACCUGUGCUCAUUAGGACCCUGUGUGCAUUAACUCUGGGGUAGACAGGAAUACCUGUAAAUGCAAAAUGUCUCACAGCUACAAGUACAUGUGGCAGAAGCAGGCAAGUCUACUCCGCGAUCAGGAAAUGUGUUCUAACGUUACUCUGAAACCCAGAGCCACUUCCUGUGAAAGGCUGGUUUGUACAAUGGGAAGUCUGCCCACAAUGAGCGAUAGGUGCUGCUGUUCAGACCUGUUCGUAAGUUUAGUUGUGCAAAGAUCGCGGCCUCACAAGGCCUCUGUGUGCAGAUGUGUUUGUUCUUACUAGAACAUUAUCUGAUUGAUAGAAAUCAUAUGUUUUCUACAAGGAAACCAUUACACAUCGAAUAAAGCCGUGAAUGCAAUGUUCAGUC